AUGUCAUCCUCAGACAAUAACGAAUGGGUGGUAGUCCCACUGGACCCUCACUCCUUCAGUGAUGGGGACCCGGCUGCAUGGCCCAAGGGUCCCCAGUUCAGACGGGUCAAUGAUGAAUUAUAUCGGCAUAAGGUGGCCAUGAUGUGGCUUCAAAAGCAAGGCCGGCAGCGUGAGACACGUUGCCAUGUUGCUAGACACGCGUUGAAGAAUGGCAGCAGGAAAUGUGUAUUCCAACUGCAUGUUUCUCCUGUUGGAGGUCCUUCCAUACUGAUGUGGCAAAACAUUCAAUCAGGCAAGAACUACAUCCUGGACAGGCUCCCAGACAACUAUGUUCUCUUUGACCGGCCACGAUAUAGCAACCCUACCAUUCGUGACAAAUUCCUCUGGGGCCACCCGUCAGGAUCUUAUUUUAACUCCCCAAACCAGCUAUUCCCCCAUUUCUGCUGGUUAAUGGAAGGUGGCGUCGGACAGUGCUCUUGCGAAAACUGCAAGAAGAAGACUAUGGUUACUCAAAUUCGGCCCAAGGUGACGGGUGAUAAACCCAAAGAUUCCAGCUGGACUAGACUAGGUCCUCGUGGUCCUCUCGACCUCGAGGGUACGCCAGACGUAUUCCGGGCAGCCAUAUUGAAGCUUAAGCAGAAAGGAACGUUGGACGAGCCUAUCAACGAGUCUCUCAGCAUGGAUUGGCGAGCAGAACGGAAGCAUCUCCAAGCGCACCUCGUCAAAACACGCCUGCAAAACUCGUUCAUUCCUCGUGCGGGUGAGCUAGUCUUGUGGGCCCCAGAAAUGAACGGCGAGCUUGUUUACGAUGAAAAAACGGGGGCGCACCGCGUUUAUUCUUUUAAAACAGGCAGAUGGCUAGGUGUCCCUGCCUGGAGGGCCGGGACGGUAGGUCAGACGCCAGAGGAGGACGUGGUUCUCGAAGAUCUCAUCGAGCCUGUGCCGAAACGCUGGGCCGUCAAUUAUUCCGGAUUUCGUGUGGAGACAUUCCCCGAUCCCAACAGCGACGACAAGAGCGCCUCGCUGCAAGCAAAAUAUGUUCACUUAAACUGCAUACGACCGUUGAAUUACUGGCAGGUAUUCCUGCAAGGGAUUCCGGAGAAAGAUUGGCACCCGUCCAUCAAAAACGCAUUGACCGUGAUGUCUUCUCUAUCGUUGGUGGACAGAUAUCGCUUCAAAGGCACCUGGCCGGAUGCCUCUGUUUUCUGUCGAGGUAUCUUCAUCGGCGCAGAGCUGUUGAUAGUAGGGGAUACGGUGCGGUUGAAGCCAAGAGGCCGCGAGCUGAAUGAUGCGAAUCCGAAGGUGACGGAUGUGCUGGUCAUUGACCGGAUCGAGCUCAAGUUCCUUUCGUGCAUUGAUGAUGUCAGGUCACCUCUGCUGGCAGAGAAGCAUGCUGUGCGGAUUCGAGGCAAAGUCUAUACCAGAUCACCUCAGAAAGCAUAUCGUGAACCCGGCAUGGUCGGACCACCUCAGCCUCUCAGUCGUGAAGAAGUGAUCAAUGCUUUUCAAUAUGUCGGGAUGAAUGGAUACGGAGCGUGGUAUCCUGUCCAUCCUCAGGAUAAGUUCAUAUACAUAUCUCCGGACAUGGUCCUGGGACGGUGUUACGAGCCGGACGCGAUGAAGCUUAUCUUCGACGAUACCUCACUUGGUCUCGAUCUUCACGGCGUGUUAACCGGACGCAAAUAUUCACGCCAGGCGGAUGAGCGCAUCCCACCAGACAAGGAUUGGUUCUGGGGCGAUUAUCGGACGCAAACGCUGGCACUGGACUCGCUCAACGGCGAGGACGUCGGGCGGUACAGCGAGGCGCGCAAUCCGAAGAUGUGGCGAGGCUGUUUGAAAGUCAUCGACGGGACAGCAACAGCAAGCGAUCUUCGCGACGCCGCGCUUCCGCGCGAUCGUGGCCGACCUCCAGCGAGUCUGGCACAGAAAUCGAAAUUUGCCGAGGUGGGCAAGACAAGCAAGCUGGUCAGCAGCGGACUGGGGGCGAAUCUGGACGGCAGCGCCAACGUCAGUUCAACGGGGGAGCUCAGCGAGACUUCUUCAGAGGAUGUGAUUGUUAACGACAGGGACGACUCUUCGGACGAGACUGAGGACUUGGAAGAUUUCACCAAACCGUUGCCCCUGCGCGGCGGGACAGAAGAGACAGAGCUGGGGGAUUAUGUGCCGGAGAACGAGCGCAAGGCCAAACGGCCGAAGUAUGGUAAAUAA